GGAACGACUCGUAACACUCUCUCACACGAUACACCAUGUCCAACGAAGCGAAACCUGCUGCGUAUAAAACUCACGGGUACCAUUCAUCUGUUCUGCGUUCGCACAAGUCACGUACUGCCGAAUCCUGUGCGGCUUACCUUUUACCUUUCAUUGGCCCGGAUAUGAACAUCCUGGACGUUGGAUGCGGUCCUGGGACUAUCACCGCUGGCUUUGCUGCGCGAGUACCCCAGGGCCAUGUCACUGGCAUUGACAUGAGCGCUGAAGUGCUAGAGCACGCUCGCGCGAAUGUUGAGCAGCAGGGCUUAACAAACAUUACGUUCCAAGUCGGCAGCGUCCUUGAACUUCCAUUCCCAGAUAAUACAUUUGACGUCGUGCAUGCCCAUCAGGUCAUUCAGCACACAACUGAUCAAGUGAAGGCCCUGCAGGAGAUGCGCAGGGUCACUAAGGACGGCGGGAUUGUCGCUGUUAGGGAAGCCGACAUGUCCGCCAUGACCUGGUUCCCGGAUUUGGAGGGUUUGGAGAAAUGGCGCAAGAUCUAUAUGGCAAUCGCACGUGCGUCUGGGGCGGAACCAGAUGCUGCUCGACGGCUUCAUUUUUGGGCUAAAAAGGCGGGCUUCAAGAGACACCAGAUCUCUCUCAGUGCCGCCACUAAUCUGUAUGCAACUGCCGAGGAAGUCGGCUGGUGGAGCAAUAUGUGGGCGGACCGUACUAUGCAGUCACUUUUCUUAAAGACUGCCACUGAAGGAGGGUACGCUUCGCUGGAUGAAAUUACUCAUAUUGCCGAUGUAUGGCGCCAGUGGGGAGGGAACGAGGAUGCGUGGUUCGCAAUAUUGCAGGGUCAAAUGCUUUGCCAAGUCGAGAAGGAUGGUUGUAACUAGUGCGAAACAUGCACCAUAUGGUAGGUCUACCGCAACGUUGAUAGUAGCCCGGAAGAAGGAAAAGACGAUGAUAAGGUUGUAGGACUCGAGAGAAGAGAAUCACUGGAUGCUUAACAGUUUUGUCAUUAGAAAUUCGAAAUAAAAAAUAAGUCAUCAGAUCAU